CGAUGGCGUGAUUGGGGGGGAAGCAUAGAGCGGCGCUCGGCGGGCUAGAGCGCCGCCGGCAGGGCGCGAUGGGACAGCCCGGGAGGGCCGGGGGUGAGCGGGGGCCGGUGCGGCGGGGAGGGCCCGGCCGGGGCGCAGGGGUCCCGCCCCGCCCCGCGGCCCCGCUCACGCCCCCCCUCUCCGCCCUGGCAGCGGCGCGGGCGGGCCGGUGAUGCUCCGAGGGCCGCCGCGCGCCCCGCCCGCUGCCCGGGGCUCCCCGGCCCGGUGACGGCGCGGCGCCAUGGCCUCCCGCGGCUGCAGCGCGCUCCUGGCGGCAGCCAGGGCGAGUUUCAGAGGCUCCCAUCUUCUGGUGCACUCCAGUUCUCCGUACUCUCCAGCAGUUCCUUUUCUCCAACUCCUGGAUUCUCGUUUAAACUGGACUUGCGUAAAAGACUCCGAAAACCAGCCACGGCUGCACCGCGCGCGGCUGGGCACCGGCCUACCUCACUCGCCAGCUGACGUUGCACGAGCGUUUCACACGUCCGCCAGCUUGCGUCAGGAGCUCCGAGACGAACCUCCGCCCCGCCGAAGUACUGUAAACCAGGGCACUAAGCCUGCUGAAACUCCAACAAAGCAAGUCGUAGAGACUCCCGUGGGAAGAAAGUCUUUACGCCAAAAAAUCGUGGAUGAACUGAAACACUAUUACAAUGGAUUCCACUUGCUUUGGAUUGACACCAAGGUGGCUGCCAGGAUGGUGUGGAGGCUGUUACACGGUCAGGUCCUCACUAGGAGGGAGAGACGAAGGCUGCUGAGAACUUGCGCGGAUCUCUUCCGGCUGGUUCCCUUCCUGGUGUUUGUCAUUGUCCCCUUCAUGGAAUUUCUCUUGCCUGUAUUCUUGAAACUCUUCCCUGAAAUGCUGCCCUCGACGUUUGAGACUGAGUCAAAAAAGGAAGAAAAGCUGAAAAAGAAAUUAAAUGCAAAGCUGGAGUUAGCAAAGUUCCUGCGGGAGACCAUUGCGGAGAUGGCCAAAAGGAACAAAGCAGAUGCGGGACAAGGAAAACAAUUCUCUUCUUACGUGCACGAGAUUCGUCACACCGGCCAUCGGCCCAGCACCCAAGAGAUCGUACGCUUCUCCAAGCUGUUUGAGGAUGAGCUGACCCUGGAACACCUGGAACGGCCGCAGUUGGUAGCUCUUUGCAAAUUGCUUGAGCUGCAGCCCAUUGGCACCAACAAUCUGCUCCGCUUUCAGCUUCUGCUGAGACUCAGAACUAUCAAGGCAGAUGAUGAAAUGAUUGCCAAGGAAGGAGUCAAUGGCCUAAGCGUGUCUGAACUGCAGAGCGCAUGCAGAGCCAGAGGAAUGCGAUCACUGGGCCUCUCAGAGGAGCAACUAAAGGAACAGCUCAGACAGUGGCUGGAUCUGCAUUUAAAAGAGAACGUUCCACCUUCCCUGCUGCUGCUGUCCCGUGCCUUGUACCUAAUAGAUGUAAAGCCACAAUCUGUUCCGGUUCCACAGAAUAAGAUAGGUGAAACUGCUGAAAUCAUGACGUCCAUUCCUGAAGGUCAAGAGGCCCUAGUGGAUCCUGCCCCCAUUGUACAGGGAAGAAAGAAUGAAGAACUUGUAUCUCAGCCAGCAGAGAAAUUGCCAGUGUCAGACGUGUCAGUUAAGCCUCCCCCACAAGAGACUAAAUCGGAAGCAGCUCAGAGCAGCAAGGCCGGCGCCAAUGGAGUCUAGCCCGAAGCCAGCAAGGACUGCCUAAUGUGGGAGAGAAGAGCUUUCAUGUCUGCACCUCCUUAAAGGGAAGAGUGGUUUUCCAGGAGGCUGCUUUACACAAGGAGGUGUCAGUAGCCCUCAGGGGCCCCUCUCUCUGUUCCAAGCUUAUUAGCAGCUAGGCCGUGCUAAGGCUAUCUGGGUGGCACCAGCUUCUCACUUGUACUGGAUCCCCGACCCCCACCUUUUUAACUUAUGUUGUAAAUAAUGUUAAUAAUGAUGCUACUGUCUGUGCUGUUCCUGAACAGGUGUUUGUGCUCUUAAACCUUAGGAAAGGCAGCUUUUCACAGAAUCACAGAAGGGCAGGGGUUGGAAGGGACCUCUGCAGAUCAUCUUGUCCAACCCUGCUGCUUGAGCAGGGACACCUCGAGCAGGGUGUUUUCAUUGUCAGGAAGGCCUGGGCGCAGAAUGAGCUAGGCUGGAAGUCCCAUAAAGCCUGCGCUAUGGUUUGAAAUCAUCUGCCAGAACAUACCCACAAAUCCAGGGCUUGCAGCUUGCCCUGCUGCUGCAGCUUUACAAGCUCACGCUCUUGGUCAUAGUUAGCGUGGUUUAACCAAUAACUAGGGAAGGGAAUGACCCGUGUGGCCGUUGUAUUUAACUGUCACAUUCGUACGAAGGAGAAUAACCACAGCAGAAGGAGAACCAGCCCUCCCCGCAAUGCUGUGGUUGAACGUAACUGUUCAGAAAGACUUAAGAACAUGCUGGACAAGAGCAGAGCAGUGAAGAGGGCAGCUCCUACUGCGUGAGCGUUUGCAUUCAUCAGUGAGCGCCACAGCAGGCGCCAGACGCUGUCACAGGAGGCAGAGACUUCCAUUUUUAGGAUCCCACUGGGUCGUGUGAGGUAGCGAACUGGGGACCCCCACACACAUUUCACAAGUCCAAUGUAAGACUUGAUUAAACUGUAUCAGGCUCCGAGCUACACAUCAGCAAGUGCUCUCAGAGUUAAUCCUCUGCAAAAUGAUUCUUCACACACUCCAGUGUUGACUGGUUUUUUUGGUAGACUCUACAGGAGGGUACUGAGAAGCUGGUUUUAGCAUUUGUUAAUUUUUCACUUCGUCCUAUGUAAAUGUUCAGGAAUUACUCACAUGGAUUUUUGAAUAUGUGUAUUUAUACUUACUGUAAAAUUAAGUUUAGACUUGGUGCUAA